AAGAAAAAAUCACGAUUUGCUCAUUCUUUCUCCAGUUUUGCUUCUCGCCGUCGUCCGUCAGCGUUCCGACGAAACCGAGCAUCCUUCAGCGUCCAUCAGGCUGAAGCGUUCUGUUUCGCAAGCCAAUAUUCUCGGUUAAGCCGAACAUUUUCCACUCCACCGUUUCGACAGCCGUUUGUUCCAACCGUCGUCCUUCGUUCAUCAUCCGACGACGCCUCCGUUCGCCGCUAAGUUCAAUCGUGAUUCCAGUAGUGUUCGAGCCACGUCCCGUGUGUCACGAGCCGUCAUCUCCUUGGUCCGAGCUGGAACGUCCGCGCCGUUUCUCUCUUUAGCUUCUCCAUUUUCGUUGUGCCGUCGCGCAGUGGGUUUCGUUCCAGUCGAGACGUGAGCCGGCCCUCUUCUCCCCAUGCCACGCCCAGAUCUGAGCCGCCGCCUCUGCCUUGUUGUGAACUGUCGUGUUUUGUGGAAUGCGUCUCAAUGCUUUCCCAUGUUCUUCCGGACUUCUUUCAUCGUUCUUUAACCCGCCCAAUGUUGCCACAAUCUCCACGAAUUCGAUUCCAAAUUGCGUUUCUAACCAGCAAUUGGUCAAAAAUCUCAAUCCGCAUUCAGAAUUUCUACAAAUUUGCUUGCAGCACUGCUGGAGAAUCCAAGCCCACAACCUGUUCGACGAAAAGCCUAAACCAGUUCUUCAAGCAUUGAGUACUGCGAAAGUCAUCCAUUCAAAAAGUUUGAAAAUUGGAGUUGGCCUCAAAGGGUUGCUAGGUAAUGUCAUUGUUGACCUUUAUGUCAAAUGCGGCAAUGUGGACUUCGCUCAGAAGGCCUUUUCCCGGCUUGAGAAGAAGGAUGUAUUUGCUUGGAACUCAGUGCUUUCUAUGUACUUGGACCACGGGUUAUUUGCAACUGUUGUUCAAUCUUUUGUGUGUAUGUGGAAUCAUGAGGUGCGGCCUAAUGAGUUCACGUUUGCGAUGGUUUUAUCAGCUUGUUCUGGAUUGCAGGAUGUUAACUUUGGUAGACAAGUCCAUUGUGGAGUUUUUAAGACGGGGUUUGGGUUUCGGUCUUUUUGUCAAGGUGGGCUGAUUGAUAUGUAUGCCAAAUGUCGUUAUCUUAGAGAUGCUCGCUUGGUGUUUGAUGGGGCACUUAAUUUGGAUACUGUUUCAUGGACAGCCUUGAUUGCAGGGUAUGUUCGAGAUGGUUUCCCUAUGGAAGCUGUCAAGGUGUUCGAUAGAAUGCAGAGAGUUGGACAUGCACCUGAUCAAAUUACGCUUGUUACUGUUGUAAAUGCUUAUGUGGCUCUCGGUAGGCUUGCUGAUGCUCGUAAGUUGUUUACCCAGAUUCCCAAUCCUAAUGUUGUCGCUUGGAAUGUGAUGAUUUCAGGGCAUGCUAAGAGAGGAUUUGCCGAGGAAGCUAUUUCAUUUUUUCUUGAAUUGAAGAAAACUGGCCUAAAAGCCACUAGAUCUUCUCUAGGAAGUGUUUUAAGUGCAAUUGCCAGUUUAUCAAUGCUUAACUAUGGUUCAAUGGUUCACGCUCAGGCGACUAAGGAAGGGUUAGAUGAUAACGUGUAUGUAGGAAGUGCGUUGGUGAACAUGUAUGCCAAAUGUUCAAAAAUGGAUGCUGCCAAACAAGUGUUCAAUUCUUUAGGUGAGAGAAAUAUCGUCUUGUGGAAUGCUAUGCUUGGAGGUUUUGCACAGAACGGACUUGCCCAAGAAGUGAUGGAAUUUUUCUCAUGCAUGAAGCGGCAUGGACCUCAGCCUGAUGAGUUUACUUUCACUAGUAUUUUCAGUGCAUGUGCCUCCUUGCACUAUCUCAAUUUUGGUGGUCAACUUCAUACUGUUAUGAUCAAGAACAAGUUUGCAUCUAAUCUAUUUGUUGCAAAUGCGUUGGUAGACAUGUAUGCUAAAUCAGGGGCUUUAAAGGAAGCAAGAAAACAAUUUGAGUUGAUGAAAAUUCAUGACAAUGUUUCAUGGAAUGCAAUAAUUGUGGGGUAUGUGCAGGAAGAGUAUAAUGAUGAGGCUUUCUUCAUGUUUCGAAGAAUGGUUUCCAAUGGUGUUCUUCCAGAUGAGGUGUCUUUGGCCAGUAUAGUGAGUGCUUGUGCAAAUGUUCAGGAGCUUAAACGAGGCCAACAAUGUCACUGUCUCUUAGUUAAAGUUGGUUUAGAUACAAGCACUUGUGCUGGAAGUUCCCUCAUUGACAUGUAUGUGAAGUGCGGUGUUGUUUUGGCAGCUCGUGAUGUCUUUUAUUCUAUGCCCUCUAGAAAUGUUGUCUCCGUAAACGCUCUGAUUGCUGGCUACACCAUGGGCCACUUAGAGGAAGCUAUUCAUCUAUUUCAAGAGAUCCAGAUGGUUGGACUUAAACCUACAGAGGUCACAUUUGCAGGUCUUUUAGAUGGAUGUGACGGAGCAUUUAUGCUGAAUCUUGGAAGACAAAUUCACGGUCAAGUUAUGAAGUGGGGUUUUCUAUCCAGUAGUGAAAUGGUGUGUGUCUCUCUUUUGUGCCUGUAUAUGAACUCCCAAAGAUUUGUAGACUCGGAAACACUCUUCUCUGAGCUUCAGUAUCCAAAAGGUUUAGUUGUAUGGACUGCUCUCAUUUCAGGAUAUGCUCAACAAAAUCACCAUGAGAAGGCUUUGCAAUUCUAUCAACAUAUGCGAUCGGACAAUAUUUUACCUGACCAAGCAGCAUUUGCCAGUGUUCUUCGAGCAUGUGCUGGAAUGUCUUCUCUACAAAACGGUCAAGAAAUUCAUUCCCUUAUCUUCCAUACUGGCUUUAACAUGGAUGAAGUAACCUGUAGUUCUCUUAUAGACAUGUAUGCAAAAUGUGGUGAUGUUAAAGGCUCUCUUCAAGUUUUUCGUGAAAUGCCACGUAGAAAUAAUGUCAUAUCUUGGAACUCUAUGAUAGUUGGACUAGCAAAGAAUGGCUAUGCAGAAGAAGCACUUGAAAUAUUCAAGCAAAUGGAGCAACAAUCCAUCAUACCUGAUGAAGUGACAUUCCUUGGUGUUCUUUCUGCUUGUAGCCAUGCCGGGCGAGUAUCUGAAGGCCGAAAGGUAUUCGACUUGAUGGUUAACAAUUACAAGUUACUGCCAAGAGUUGAUCACUUAGGGUGCAUGGUAGACAUUCUUGGGAGAUGGGGUUUCCUUAAUGAAGCAGAAGAGUUCAUUAACAAGCUUGGAUGUAAAGCAGAUCCAAUGCUAUGGUCUACUUUGUUAGGAGCUUGUAGAAAACAUGGAGAUGAAGUUAGGGGGAAGCGUGCAGCUGACAAACUAAUGGAACUGAAACCACAAAGUUCUUCAUCUUAUGUGCUGCUGUCUAGCAUAUAUGCUGAAUCAGAGAAUUGGAGUGGAGCUGUUUCUUUAAGAAGGGAAAUGAAAUUAAAGGGUGUGAAAAAGUUGCCUGGAUAUAGCUGGAUUGAACCGGGAAGAGACAGCUCCUGUACGAUUCAAGAGCCUGCCAACGCAUAAAAAAGAAAUUAAUCAAGUCUCUAAUCACUCUGUUAUUUAUAACAAUGAAGGAUUAAAAACCUUUUGUAGACUUGUUUUUAUCCGGGUAAAAUGAACUUUGGCCAUGUUUAUUUGGUCCCUGAAAUUUCAAAAUAGACACUUUGGUCCCUACGUUUGCUAAAUACUUCUAUCGAUACUUUAUUGGAGACCACUACUUGAAUUCCUUAUUGACUGAUAUCUUCAUUGGAGAAGACCUCAACAGUUGGGGAUUGGAAGAGCCAUUUUCUGGUUAUUAUGGUUCGAUUUCGCUGGAUGAAUCGGCAGCUUUAAAAAAACAUAGUAUCGGAAAGGAAUAGAAGGAGGAAGCUUAACGAGACGCUUUUUGCAGUCCGAUUGGUUGUUCCGCACAUAAGUAAGAAAUUUUGGAUUGAGCAGAUGGAAAAUCCAAGUGAUGGAUCACGGUUUUUGGAGGCAGUUUUAGUGGCUCAGCUUGGAACGAUGCUAUUAUAAUGGUGGUUGAGAUGGAGGCUGAAAUAUUUAAGUCACUGGAAUUUGAACUUGGAAAUCCCACGGAGAUUCACAUUGAGCAACUUAUGAGGUUCGAGACACAACCUCUUAUCUCCUCUUCUGCUUGCAGCUUAGAUGAAUCAUGAUUCAAUGUUGAUCAAAGUUCAAAAUUACUUGGGGAAAGAAUGUUAUAUAUGUUCCAGCCUACUAGUGAACUUUUACCUUUGAUAGACGAGGUUGGUGAAGUACAAUCACAUGCAAUGUCUAGCCCAACAAACACAACUAAAUUGGAGUUAAAUAUGAUGUUUUAAUAUCAACAUAUUUUGUAAUUCAUUAAGUUCAUCUUUUAUUUAUUUUCAAAUGUAAGAUGCUCAUUCUUAUAUCCUUUUUUUACAAUAUGAACCUUGUAUGAAUGCUUAUUUAUACAUAUAUAUUUUGAUGAUGUGGAUAAUAAA